GGCCCACAGAAGCUUCUGGCCCGGCCCGUCAUGGCCGCAGUGGACCGGCUGGGCGGGAACGCGGGGUCCCCGCUGGAGCCCUUGGGAUUCGGAGCCUCCCCUGAGAUCAGGGACCAGCUGAGGAGACUGCCCGGGACUGAACCUUCACCUGCUCCCCGGGUUAAUUAUAGGGAACGAAGAAUGAGACAUUUAAUUCUCACAUCCUUAGAUCUCCCCCUCCUUCCACGGUGAACCGCACACAUCCUGAGCGUUUGCCCUCAACCCGCAGAGCCAACGCUGAGCUGUCCUGGUCGCUGCCACGUCUGUCCGGGCUCGGUGACACUCCCAGGCUGUAUGUGAAGGAGGACAGGGCCAAACCUGCCACAUUGCACGGGCCUCUAUCUGGAAAAUACACAAAUGGGAGGAAGAAAUGAACAGGACAAAGCUCCAGCGCUUAAAGAUGUUUCAAAGGCACAAUUGGAGCUGCAGAAGGGAAAAAAAUCCCUGCCUCACUGGGGCUGCUACUACAGGGUCAUUCUUCAUGGCUGCUGCUGCUGAUUCUGCAUUAAAAGCGAUUUGCAUGCACCAGGAAAAAAUACACUACAGAUUUGCAGAUGAGCCAGCUAAGAUAUUAGAGAACUGCUUGUGUCUGCGCUGGACCACCACCAUUCAUGCCCUGGGACACCCCGGCUGCGGCGGGUGGAGGAGGAAUGAGCCGGUUGAAAAUCAGGCAGCAUCCUGGAAAUCAGAAGUGCUGUGGAAAAGGGUGGCGAUUCCUGACCAGCAGCAUCAAGCUAUCUGGCUCCCUUAACCUGCUCCCGUAAUGCGCUCGCAGGGAAAAGCAAUUGUGGGAACUCUGGGCCUUUCGGCAUUGUGAAGGACAGGACUAUCUCCGCGCUGCCAUUCAAUCCAUCAGCCACCGCUCAGGGAAAGCACAAUUUGCUGCAAGCCGAUAGCAGCACGCUGACACUUAGCGGGAUGGGAACGUGCUCCAGCCUGACAAGGGACAAUCACACAUUGCAUUAAAGGAAGAAAGGGGACACGGAGGAGAGAGGAAAAGAGACAAGAAAAAACUGUCAGAGCACAUUCACCAAGUCCUCUUCAUUAUGAGCUCGUGCGGAUGGGAGAGCCGUGGAGCAGGAUGUGGUUUAGGUCUUGGCCAAGGACGUCUGGGUGCUGGACACAGCUUCUGCCUCUGCUCCGUAUGCCCUGGGUAACCUUGAGCAAACUCAUCAAGUUCUCAAGACAGCCUGAACGCUGUAGAAUUUCAGUGGGACACACGGCUCUGUGGCAGAUACACUCUGUCCCCACCAAGAGCAACAGUAACUUCUGGGCUGAUGGACCAUUUUGGUCAUGGACAGGCCCCUUGGUAACACAGGGCCUUUGACCAGUGACAUGCCUUGGUUGAGAGAAGCUUCUGGACAACUACCAUAAGUGACCACAGCUGAGAUUCAAUUAGGGUAUAAGUGGAGCCUGCUGGAAACCCCCUUGGAGUUGGUCCUCUUUGGAGCAGCAGGUUUGUAGUUGGAGAUUCUCUUCCUCAGACUGGCCAUCUAAGGAACAUUCCCUGGGGACUGAGACAUCUCACUGACCUGGUGAAAGAACUCUUCCGUUCCAUGCGUGUGGAGUACUAUGCUUUGGAACUUGAUGUAACUGAUGAUGGUCCCAGUAUUCAGCAAGUCUUAGCAGAGCUGACUAAUCAGAGGACAGUGCCUAAUGUAUUUGUGAAUGGAAUACAUAUAGGUGGCUGUGAUGCAACUUACAAGGCUUAUCAGGAUGGAUCACUGCAGAAACUUCUUGGGGACAGCAAAGAUGUAGAACCCUAUGAUUAUGAUCUCAUUAUUAUUGGUGGUGGCUCAGGUGGACUUGCAUGUUCCAAGGAAGCUGCUACCUUGGGAAAGAAAGUAAUGGUGUUAGAUUAUGUUGUUCCAACGCCUCUCGGAACCUCAUGGGGCCUUGGUGGCACAUGUGUAAAUGUAGGUUGCAUUCCUAAGAAGCUAAUGCAUCAAGCAGCACUUCUGGGUCAGGCGCUCCAAGACUCGAGGAAAUACGGGUGGCAAUAUGAAGAACAAGUUAAACACAACUGGGAGGUCAUGGUAGAGGCAAUUCAAAACUACAUUGGUUCUUUAAACUGGGGAUAUCGAGUGUCCUUAAGAGAGAAGUCUGUGACAUACCUCAAUUCUUAUGGAGAAUUCAUUGAACCACACAAAAUUAAGGCAACUAACAGGAAAGGACAAGUAACCUAUCACACAGCAGAGACUUUUGUCCUGGCAACAGGAGAAAGGCCUAGAUAUCUGGGUAUCCCUGGAGAUAAAGAAUACUGCAUUACAAGUGAUGACCUCUUCUCCCUGCCUUACUGCCCUGGCAAAACUCUGGUUGUGGGUGCUUCCUACGUGGCUCUAGAGUGUGCCGGAUUUCUCGCUGGUCUGGGUCUAGAUGUCACAGUGAUGGUGCGUUCCAUCCUUCUUCGGGGCUUUGACCAAGAAAUGGCAGAAAAAGUAGGUGCUCACAUGGAAACACACGGUGUAAAGUUCAUCAAGAAGUUUGUACCUGUUCAGGUUGAACAGCUGGAGGAAGGCAUGCCAGGAAGACUCAAAGUGACAGCAAAGUCUACCGAGGGACCAGAAAUCCAUGAAGGAGAAUAUAACACUGUUUUGAUAGCUGUUGGUCGUGAUGCAUGUACCAGAAAUAUUGGCUUAGAUACAAUUGGUGUCAAAAUCAAUGAGAAGAAUGGGAAAGUACCUGUAAAUGAUGAAGAGCAAACCAAUGUGCCUUAUGUUUAUGCUAUUGGGGAUAUAUUGGAAGGAAAGCUCGAACUUACUCCAGUUGCUAUUCAAGCAGGGAAGCUACUAGCCCGCAGGCUUUAUGGUGGUAGUUCCACAAAGUGUGACUAUAUCAAUGUACCAACGACAGUGUUUACUCCUUUAGAGUACGGCUGCUGUGGGUUACCCGAAGAAAAAGCCAUAGAAGAAUAUGGAAAGCAAAAUCUGGAGGUUUAUCACAGUUUGUUCUGGCCACUUGAAUGGACAGUACCAGGCAGAGAUAACAAUACUUGUUAUGCAAAGAUUAUCUGCAAUAAACGUGACAAUAAUCGCGUGAUAGGAUUUCAUGUUCUUGGACCUAAUGCUGGUGAAGUUACCCAAGGUUUUGCUGCUGCAAUAAAAUGUGGUCUCACCAAAGAAUUACUUGAUGAAACAAUUGGUAUCCAUCCAACUUGUGGAGAGGUGUUCACUACAAUGGAUAUUACAAAAGCUUCGGGACAAGACAUCAGUCAAAGGGGCUGCUGAGGUUAAACCUGCUGUUUUACAUGCUUUCAUGUUGUGCGCGCUUGGUUCUGUGGGAGCCCUAAUACAUCCAGCUGCUUUGCAGCAAAAUAAACCUCCGCAUCAGUGCCACUGCAUGUAGUGCAGCUGGGAGUGGUGCCUUGGUGAGGCUUCCUCAGUAAGUAGCGUUGCAAAUGGAAACAGUAAUACAGCAGGGAAGUCUUGAACUGUAAAUCCUGACUUUGCUUGGUCUCAGCACUAUGGUGCUUUUUUGACGUUCUGGCUCGGAACCUUAUUUUGAGGUGAGCUACGACUGAUGGCUGCCAUGCAAGGUUGGGCGAUCUCUUCAUCCGGUCAAUGACUGAACUCCUCCUGAAGGAAAUUCUUACAUUGCACAAAUUAAAGCUAAUGCUUCUUGGCUCCAUUGUCUUGUACAAAUGCCUGAGAUAGAGGACAAAUGUGUAAUUGAAUGAUUCUUGUCAGCAGUUUACAGUUGACUGAUUUAUCUUUUUUGAUGCAUUUUGUUUUACUUAAUUGUAUAUUAAUUUGAAGCAAGAUGGCACAAAUAGGAUACAGUGUUGAGCAGUGUGGUUCAAGCACUUGUCUCUCACCUCAACUAGUCUAAAACGUCAAAGAAAUCUAAGACAUCACUGUUCACAUGCAUAGUUGUGUGAUGUCAGGUGAUACCAUGUCUUUAAGAUCAAAAAUUCAGCUGUGGGCAUCUUAGGGAUCAGGGUUGAAGUGCAUAAUGCAAGACCUUGUCAAUUUGCUCUUACUGUUUAUAUUCAGUGUUAAUAAUAGUCUCAAAUCCAGUCUGGGCUCUGUGAUGUGAAACAACACAGAACCCACAAAUGUCUGUACUCUCCUGUGGAGUAUUGAGGUCUUAGAGGAGCAGGGUCUGAGAGGGAUCCAUCCCACUAAUACAGCAGGUGCCUGCCCGUGAUGGUAAUAAGCGUUGUAUAGAAUUUCUCUUUGCAGCAUGUGUUGCAGCAGAGAAGGAUGACUCGGUGUGCUGUUGUGCUUUGUGUAGCGUUGUGUACAGUCAGUACUCUGAAGCUUUCUUCUACCCCAGCAUUCUCUGGGGGAGCUGUGCUUAAACUUGGCUUAGUUUUGUCCAAAGAGAUGUUUUGAAAGACUCUUCUGAACAUUGUAUGAUAGUAAAUGAACAGUUUUUAACUAUUUAAUCUAUGAUGUACCAUGGAAUUUGAAGUUCAAUAAACAACGUGUACAACA